AUGGACGGCGACGACGAUACCUCCGGAACAAUGAUCGACGAAAUCUACGCGAACGGCGGCGAAGAGAGCGACCAGCGCAGCCGGCGAGCCAUCAUGAGCGGCGAUCAACUCGACGUCGAAGCGUACGCGGCUCUGUACUCAGGGCGGACGAAGAUCAUGCGGUUGUUGUUCAUAGCUAGCAAAAGCAAGAUCCCUACGGUGCAGCUUGACACGCUUCGUAUGGCGUAUGAUGAGAUUAAGAAGGGGGAGAAUACUCAGUUGUUUAGGGAAGUUGUGCAGAAGAUUAAUGGGAGGUUGGGUCCGAACUAUGAGAUGGAUUUGAGUUGGUGUGAAGGGGUUGAUCGGAAGGCUGAGCAGAAGAAAGAGAGGCUCGAGAAUGAGCUUAAUGCUUAUAGGACAAACUUGAUUAAAGAAAGUAUACGAAUGGGAUACAACGAUUUUGGAGAUUUUUACUAUUCUCAUGGUCAACUAGGAGAUGCUUUUAAAAGUUAUGUCCGUACCCGGGAUUAUUGCACUACGUCAAAGCAUAUAGUUCAUAUGUGUUUGAGUACGAUUCUCGUCAGCAUUGAGAUGGGGCAAUUUUCUCAUGUCUCAAGCUAUGUUAGCAAGGCAGAACAGGGAACAGAUGCUCUUGAUCCGAUAAUAAUUUCCAAGCUACGAUGUGCCGCAGGAUUGGCAAAUCUAGAGGCCAAAAAGUAUAAGCUUGCUGCUCGAAAGUUUCUAGAAACAGGCCCAGAACUGAGUAGUCACUAUAAUGACGUAAUUGCAUCUCAAGAUGUUGCAACAUAUGGGGGACUUUGUGCACUUGCAACAUUUGAUAGGGCAGAGUUAAAGAGUAAAGUUAUAGAUAAUUCCAACUUCCGGAAUUUCUUAGAGUUAGUACCUGAAGUAAGGGAACUGAUUAAUGACUUUUACUCAAGCCAUUAUGCUUCCUGUCUGGAAUAUCUCGGGAACCUCAAAGCAAAUCUGUCACUUGAUAUACAUUUGCAUGACCAUGUCGAGACACUUUAUGACCUAAUUCGUCACAAAGCCCUUAUCCAGUAUACACACCCAUUUGUGUCUGUUGAUUUGAAUAUGAUGGCUAAUGCAUUCAAGACAACUGUUGUUGGACUUGAGAAAGAACUCGAAGCAUUGAUUACUGAUAAUCAGAUACAGGCUCGAAUUGAUUCACACAACAAAAUAUUGUAUGCACGGCACGCGGACCAAAGGAAUGCCACCUUUCAGAGGGUUCUAGAAACUGGAAGGGAAUUUGAUCGCGAUGUUCGUUCCAUGUUGCUGAGAUCAAAUCUAAUUAAGCAUGACUACAAUUUUAGGGCAUCAAGGAAACUUUGA